AUGGACGCUGGCUGUGAGCUGCACGGCUACUCCUCGGACGUCACGCGCUCGUGGCCCGUCGCGGGGACCUUCACCCCGGACCAGGCCCGCGUGUACAGUGCGGUGCUGUCGGUGUGGCGCGCGUGCCUGGCCCUGUGCCGCCCCGGCCGCACCCUGCACGACAUCCACGCCACCUCGGUGGCGCUGCUGACGUCAGCGAUGAAGGAGUUUGGGGCGCCGCUGAGCAGCCGGCUGCCGCACACGCAGCCGUACACGCGCUUCUACGCGCACUCGGUGGGGCACUGGCUGGGCAUGGACACGCACGACUGCGCCACCGUGAGCCUGACCACGCCGCUGCAGCCGGGAGUGGUGCUGGCGCUGGAGCCCGGGCUGUACUUCCCGGCCCACCCCGACACGCCCGCCUGGCUGUGGGACAUUGGCAUCCGCAUCGAGGACGACGUGCUCAUCACCGACGGGGAGCCAGAGGUGCUGUCACAAGGGGUCCCCCGCGAGAAGGACGACGUCGAAGCCCUGCUCCACGACAUGGCUGCUGCGGCAGGCAGGGGAAGCCCGUAGCCGGGUGGGGAAGGGGCGCUGUGAGCUGUUGGUGGCCUGUGUAUUGGGAAACCUCAGAAAGCUAGGCACAAGCGCGCGUGGUGCUGUCAGACGGACGAGUUGAAGAAGAGCUAAGCUUGCGUGCUGCAAUGGAAGCUCUUCCAAAUGCGAUCAGGUCAUUUCGUCGUGCCCUACUUUUUACAGACAGAUUGACGGAAGAAGGGGACUCUAGGAAGAAGGGUCGGUCACUGAGCUUGCUAUCCCGUAAGCUCACCGUAGCGUGUGCAAUAUUCGUAAAUGGUUCUGUCGACGGCUUCUCGUAGUACAGUGACCCGAAGUGCAACUGUUUGCGAGGUCUGUCGUAUCUUAGGCAUGCCAAGCUUCCAUGCACCGACCCUACUCAGCCACGCAUCAGUGCAGUGCACAUGAGCGAGAGUGAUUUACUCAACUGCAUGCUGUGAGUAAUUUUGAGCGCGU